GCUUUCUUGAUCAUGGAUGGUGAAGAUAUACCAAAUUUUUCAAGUUUAAAGGAGGAAACCGCUUACUGGAAGGAACUUUCCUUGAAGUAUAAACAAAGCUUCCAGGAGGCUCGGGACGAGCUGGUGGAGUUCCAGGAGGGGAGCCGGGAGCUGGAGGCAGAGCUGGAGGCGCAGCUGGUGCAGGCCGAGCAGAGGAACCGGGACCUGCAGGCCGACAACCAAAGACUGAAGUGUGAGGUGGAGGCACUCAAGGAGAAGCUAGAGCACCAGUAUGCACAGAGCUACAAGCAGGUGUCCGUGUUGGAGGAUGACUUAAGUCAGACUCGGGCCAUUAAGGAGCAGUUGCACAAGUACGUGCGGGAGCUGGAGCAGGCCAACGACGACCUGGAGCGAGCGAAAAGAGCAACCAUAGUGUCACUGGAAGACUUUGAACAAAGGCUAAAUCAGGCCAUCGAACGAAAUGCAUUUUUAGAAAGUGAACUUGAUGAAAAGGAAUCUUUGUUAGUCUCCGUACAGCGGUUAAAGGAUGAAGCAAGAGAUUUAAGACAAGAGCUGGCAGUCCGGGAGAGGCAGCAGGAGGUCACCAGGAAGUCGGCGCCCAGCUCUCCAACCCUGGACUGUGAGAAGAUGGAUUCGGCGGUGCAGGCGUCGCUUUCCUUGCCGGCCACCCCUGUUGGCAAAGGAACGGAAAACACAUUUCCUUCACCCAAAGGUUUGUGCCGUCUUGUCUUUCUGAACCUGUGGUGCAGGAGUGACCGAGGGGGGGGGGUCUGUCACGGUGUGAGCCGUCCCUGCAGGCUAGAAGCUGGUGACGCCCAGCACCCGUGGCGCGGAGGAGGGGCUGGUGGCCUGGGCGGCUCCUGGUGGGGCCCAGGCCUCGGUGGCUGCGUGUACACUAAGCGCAGGAAUACCUGGAGCUUUGCUUUAGAAUCCAAGUUAGCAGCUUGCAGGAAUUUUGCAAAGGACCAAGCCUCACGAAAAUCCUAUGUUUCAGGGAAUGUUAACUGUGGGGUGAUGAACAGCAAUGGCACCAAGUUCCCUCGGGUAGGACACACGUCUUUCUUUGACAAAGGGGCAGUGAACGGCUUUGACCCGGCGCCGCCUCCUGGCCUGGGCUCCUCGCGCCCGUCGUCGGCUCCGGGUAUGCUGCCUCUCAGUGUGUGAGUGCCCGGCGUCCGGGUGGGGGCCCCCGCCCUCCUCCAGCAGCCCAGGACACCCGCGCCUGGCCCCUCGGUGCCCGGGCCUGGCCCCCGCGUCUGCCCCUCCCCCGCGGCUGACAGAGAGCAGGCUGCACGCAGUGGCCGCUGGGGCCCGGCCCCAGACUCUGCGCCAUGUCAAUACUGGCGGUGUUCUCUCCUCGCCGCGGUGCCGUCGGUCUCACAUGAUUGCACUUUUGUGGGUCACAAGGUGGCCCGUCCGUGUGCUCCUCGGUCACUGGAUGCAGAAGUGCCCGUCGCCACGCCUGCCCCGCACCCCACCCAGCUGUAUGGAUAGGCUUUAGUUGUGUUUAAGACCUUGCAGACCUUCUCGAGGUUCUCCCCCAGACCAGGCCCACACGUGCCCCCCCUCGCCCAGCCCCUGCCCACGCUUCCUCCGUGCUCACGAUCAUGUCCUCCAGCUCCGCGUCCCGCCGCGUGGCCUGCUGCUGGCUGAGGGCCAGGAAGGUCCCGAGUUAGGGAGCAUUCUCUGCACCUUCUGGUUUGACUUUCGCGGUUGCCCUCCCGCAGACGGCCUCCCGGGGCGGGCCGCCUCCCCACGUGCCCCAGGCCCGGCGGCUGCGGGUCCUUCGGUUACGGGACAUCUUUCCGAGCGUUUUGUUUCGUCCUCCGAGGGCCCGACGGGGGCCGGUGGCGGGCUGCCGUGCGGGGUCGCUCUGGCCAUCCUUUGAUUACUCUCAUGCUGCAUUUACUGUUUACAUUUGUUUUCUUGUACAUAGGUUUGUAAACAUUAUUGCCUAAGAUAUUUGUAUAUAACUUGGGCUUUGUAGCUUUUAUUUAUUCGGGAUUCAUACGGCAUGUUAGUACUUACGAGGGUGUCCUCCUCCGGGCAGCUGUGUGGGGUCAUCAUGUGGUUACAAGAAAAUACUUCCCCCCAAAAAAAUCUUUUAAUGUGGAAACAAUAAAUUUCACAGAAAAAAACCCCCCAA